AUGCCCGGCGAAAGGAAGAGAUCCAUCAUGGGCAAGGUCUUUGGCGGCAUGAAGAUCAAGAUGGAAAGGGCCAUCAACGGCAAAUACCAGCGCCACUUUUGCGAAUCAAAUAAGGUCGAGCCCUCGCACUGCCGCCGCCUCGUGAUGAUCGAGUGUACCUUUGACUUUACCGUCGAAGCAGACGAUUUCAAUAACAUCAUCACAAAUUGGUUCGACCCGCACCACGGCACGCUGCCCACGGAGCUCUACAAGGAGAUGGCCAGCAUCGGCGUCAGGAAGAAGCACAGGGACGGCGUGCGCACCUCCUUUCGCGUCUUUUUGCUGUUUGGCGAGGAUAUCCCCAUCGAGAUGGUCAUGAAGCGCGGCGAUCCGGAUAUCUUGCCCGACGUUUUGGCCUUGUUGUUUCCGCUUAAGAAGGCUUCUAGUGCGAAGCGGGAGAUCAUUACGUGUGAUGUUUCUCGGGAUGUUUUUGAUUCUCAUGUAACGCUACACGAAAACCGCUGUUUUCGGGAAAUUUGGCAUGGUAAGGAUGGUGGAUCGGAGCCAGCCCAAACGAUUGGAACAACGGACAUAGUGAAGUGGAAGAUUUUCCGGGAGAACUUGGACUGGCGGCCGAAGUAUGGUUAUGGGACUUAUUAG